UUCGCAGUGAGUCCGACAACUUGCUCGAGUGGGGCGGCGAUGGCCAUUGGGACCUGGGCAGAUUGAAGGGAGUCACAAACAUGAGCAUCUGCUUGGUGGGCGCCAUCCUCUACAUCCAUGUCGGGGCGCUGGGCGGCUUCGGGGACCUCCAGCCCAGUCCCGGGGUGUGGAAUGGAUCUGGGAUCUCCACCAUGGCCAGGUCCCCAGUUGGCGGCGGCGCCUCGGACCGGGACAUCUCGGACGCGGCCACUCGCUUCCUCUACACGGGCGAUCCCGCCAAGCUGGCGCUUGUCAACUGCACCAGGCGGGUGGAGAUGAGAGGGGUGAAGGGCCAGGCGGCCUCCAGCCUCCACCCCGUGGUCCACGGCGCCGUAGACACCAUGCUCCACGCCACCAACUUCCUCAACUUGGUCUUCCAGACCAAUGACAUCCGCGAGUCGAGCGUCAGGGAGGACAUGGAGUGGUACCACGCCCUGGUCAGGAGCAUGGUGGAGGCUGACCCCAACAUCUACAGGGCGCUCCUCACUCUGGACGUUCCCGCCACACCUUCCCAAUCCCAGCUGGUUCUCCAGGCCACCAGGAAGCAGGACGCCAUCCUACUCCAGGACCUGUCCCGCUCCCAACACCUGAAGAACCAAACAGCCGACGGCGACUGGUUCCAGGGACUAAAGUUUCAGAAGGUCCCUCGUCUCAACAAGAGGCUCCUGCACAACGAUCUGCAAACUCUGGACACCCCGAAAUGGAGCCAAGGCGACAGCUACAUGGUCGAUAAAAGCCACGUCAAGUGGUCGAGCCCUUUCCUGGACUGCGAGGACGAGAAGCUGCUCCCCAAGUGGAUGGUCACCAUGUCCACCUCAUUCUACGGACUCAAACCAGAUCUCAGUCCCGAAUUCAAGGGUGUGGUUCGGAUUGACUUCAGCCUCGACAGCUUGGACAUUGACCAGUGCUCCAGUGGCGAUGGGUGGUUUGCUGAUUCACAUCGGUGUGACGUAAACACCACACAGUGUUCUCCACUCAAAGGACAAGGAUUCCAACUGGGGGCCUAUCAGUGCAUCUGCAAAGAAGGAUACUACAAUCCAGGCAUGAUCCCGAUUAAUAAAUUUCUGAAGAAGGGUCCCGACCCUAAACGUCACCUAUCCAUGUUCUCCAGGGAUGCUGCCUGACCAGCUGAGCCCCUGCUCCAGUGCCUGUCCUGCAGCAACGGAUGCAGCUCCUGCAGCAGCAAUGCUCCCUGCUUCACGCACCAGGACCCACACCUGCGACUGGUCAUCCUCUCUGUGCAGGCCCUCUCCAUGUUGCUCGUGUUCCUCAGCAUGCUCCUGGUGUAUCGCUGCAGGAACAACAAGAGAAUCCGAGCGUCAGGUCUGGUGCUGCUGGAGACCAUUCUCGGAGGAUCCAUCCUGUUAUAUUUUCCGGUAUUUAUCCUGUAUUUCCAGCCCAGUGUUUUCCGCUGCGUUCUCCUGAGAUGGGUGCGGAUGCUAGGAUUCGCCAUCAUCUACGGAACCAUAACGCUGAAGAUCUACAGAGUGCUGAAGGUGUUCCUGUCCCGCACGGCCCAGCGCAUCCCCUACAUGACGUGCUGCAGGCUGCUGAAGAUGUUGGCCGUCAUUGCCCUGACCGUGUGCUGGUUCCUUGUCUCCUGGACCCUGGCAGCGUGGGAGAACAUGGGCCGCGAGAUCCCACUGGUCACCCAGUCACAAACUGCGGACGGACAGAGUUUUAUGAUGUGCAAGCUCGACCGAUGGGACUAUAUGAUGGCCACUGCUGAGCUCCUCUUCCUUUGCUGGGGAUGUUACCUCUGCUUCGCAGUGCGAUCGGUUCCCUCCACGUACCACGAGCCACGUUUCUUGGGCCUCGCCAUCCACAAUGAAAUCCUCAUGUCUGCUGCCUUCUACAGCCUCAGGUUCACCAUGGCGACCACUCUUCACCCGGACUGGAUGCUUCUGCUCUUCUUCAUCCACACUCACCUGACUGUCACGCUGACACUGAUACUGCUCCUCGUCCCAAAGUUCCUCCACAUGGGAGCGCCAUUGCGGGAAGACCUUGUGGCUGAGGUGUACGAGGAUGAGCUGGACCUGCGAUGCUCUGGUUCCUACCUCAACAGCAGCAUCACGUCUGCCUGGAGCGAGCACAGCCUGGAUCCAGAGGACAUUAGGGAUGAGCUGAAGAAACUUUACGCCCAACUAGAAAUCCACAAAACCAAGAAGAUGACGGCCAACAACCCUCACCUUGUGAAGAAGAGGAGUUCCCGGCGUGGCCUCGGCCGCUCCAUCAUUAAACGCAUCGCCGAUAUUCCCGACUCGGUGAGUAGGCAGUGCAGUCGUGUGGAGAGAGGAGGGUCCAUCGGGACCGUCAGCCACGCCGGCUCCUACAAGAAAAAGUUCAACGAGCCUGCCAGCGCCAGCAUGAAAGUCAAAGAAGAUUCCAUCAAACGCCGCGUGUUCUCCAUCAGGAAGUCCCACAGCACCCACGACCACACGAGGGGUCACUCUGGAAGGACCGACGCCCCCAGUCGGGACUCGUCCCUGCUGGACUCCCUGAUGAGGAAGAAACUGGCCAAGAAAGCCUCGCAGAGGUCGCACACGGAGUCGGUGGACGCCGCGCCGUUGGUGUGCAAGUCUGCCAGUGCCCACAAUCUGACGGUGGACAGGUCCCCGGCCCCCAGUCAGCCUGGCCCCCUGUACAAAUCUCACAGCGUCCUCAACUGCACCAGGGACAAGGCGCUGGUGAUCAGCACCGCGGGCGAGGACAGCACCAGGGAGGUUGGGGAGAAAGGCCAGAGGAAGCCAUCCAUCAGCCUGCAGCUGCCCAUUGUCAUCACCCAGCCAGAAGCCCCUUCCACCCCCACCGUCUCCGAGAGACCCCCGCCAGCGGGAGAGGGGACCCCGCGGCAUCUGCACCCUCCCUCCGCCGAGAACAACCCCCACAAACACGGCUCCUGCUCGACUCUCAAGGGCGGGGGCGGCGUGGACCGCUCGCUCUCGUCGGGCAAGCUGGACUGCAGGAGAAAGUCGGUGGACGUGGAGAGAAAACAUCACAGCUUCCGUCACUCUGGGACGAAUAGUCUCCAGGGAGGGAAGGGGAGAGAGGCGGCGAGAAUCCGCAGCGAAACCAACCUGGCCACAGCUCGGCGCUCCGGGCCCAAUGCAUCUCCUCCAGGAGUUGGCGACUCUUCAAAAACAGAAGCUUCGACUCGUCAAGAGGAGAUGUCUCCCGCGACUCAUAAAACCGAGGCGCCGUCUGAAAAAACGGGGCAAGUUAAAACAGGAGGGGACAAGCGAGAAAAAUACAUGGCACUCGUAAAACAAUCGAGCAACAGUUCCAUCGUUUGCCCGUGGGAUACCACGGAUGAAGAUACAACAGCGAUGAACAUCAGCGUGGACCAGAAGGGUCGCUCUCUCUCCGUCUGCAUGGUGGCUCCAGAUUCACUUCUUCACCACAGCUCGUUCAAAACAAAGGCCACAAAUCUCUCACUGAAACUGCCCAAAGGAUUUGGCCAGUCUUUUAAACAUCUAGUGGCACAGGGGAAGCUGAGGGGUAGCAGGCGAGAGAAGUCCACCAAAGCAGGUGAGAAGGUGAAGGGUAGUCCCGAGCAGGAGAUGGACCCACCAGAGAGAGAGGACUGGAGUAAAGAAGAGAAGUCACAGCCGACAGAUGUAUCUGAGGACGUUUCUUCGGAUGCCUCUCCAUUGGAAGCAGGGCACAGGGAAAGCAAGCGGGAAAGGUACAUGUCCCUCUUGACAAACACUGCCAUCAUUUGUCCAUGGGACGUCGCUUUGAAAGACACAUUGGCCACGAGUGCGGCUGAAGACCAGAAGAAGGGGCGUUCUUUAUCGAUCGGGGCUGGAGCCCCAGGGUCACUGCUGCAAGGAACCUUCAUCGCAAAAGACCCAGACGGUUCCUUGCAGCAGAACAAACACUUGGCUCGCUCGCUGAAACUUCUCGUGUCGCCGGGCAAGCCGGAGCUGAACAGAGAGAACACAGACGGGGAAUCACAGGCCAGUGAGAAAUCUAAAGUCGCUGAUAUAUGUCCAUGGGAUGCAGAAGAUGCUCAGAGCAAAGAGGCGUCUUUACCCACUGAUAAAUCCAAAGGUGCUCAGAACUACCUCCGGGGCGCAGCUGGUACAGUGAGCAGACAGGAGAAGAGAUUGUCCGUUGACAAAUUCAGACUCUCAGAUGUUGAUCUUUCAGCAAACGCUGCAAUCGUUUGUCCGUGGGACAUGGUGUUGAGCGGGAUACAAGCCGUGGAUGCGGGCCCAGAGCACAAGAAGGCCCGGUCUUUGUCUGUUUGUGUCGGAGUCCCUGGCUCCCUUCUACAAGGCGCUUUGAACACAAGAGAUGGAAACGCCAGUUUACUGCAGCAGAAUAAACGCUUGCCUUCGUCGCUGAAACUUCUCGUGACACCGAGCCAGGUGUGGAACAGAGAGAACAAAGAGGCAACGUCCACAGAUACAUCUAAAGCGGCUGAUAUCUGUCCCUGGGAUGGAGGGGGUAACAGGAGCGAUGUUGCAUCUUUACCCACUGAUCAAUCUAAAGCUGUGGAUAUCUGUCCUUGGGAUUCAGAAGAUGUCAAAGCCAAAGAUACAUCUUUACCCAUUGCUAAAUCUAAUGUUGCAGAGGUCUGUCCUUGGGACUCAGGAGAUACCAAGAUCAAGGAUGCGUUGUCACCCACUGAUAAAUCUAAAGCUGCCGUUAUCUGUCCCUGGGAUUCAGAAGAUGCUAAGAACCACGAUACAUCAAUACCCAUGGACAGAUCUAAAGCUGCAUACGUCUGUCCGUGGGAGGCAGGUGAUUCUGAGAGGAUAGAGGAAGAAUCAGCGUCCUUCGACGAGUCCCAGUUUGAAGAUGUCUGUCCGUGGGAUAGUGUUUCACAAGGGACAUCAGAAAUGAGAGUCAGUGAAGAUGAGAAGAAGGGGCGGUCUCAGUCGGUUUGUGUGGGUGUCCCGGGGUCACUUGUGCAGCGCGCCUCGAAGGCAAGAGGCGUAAGUGAUUCGUUGCCACAGUCUAAGUGGUUGGCGCUGUCGCUGAAACUCAGAACUGCACCUGAAAAAACAAAAGCUAGAGAGGACAAAGGAAAAUCGUUGCUCACAGAUCAAGCCAGCGUUGUGGAUAUCUGUCCAUGGGAAAUGGGGGGCUUACCACCUCCAUCGACCGACCAAGCUAACGUUGUGGACAUCUGUCCAUGGGAAAUGGGGGACUUACCACCUCCAUCGACCGACCAAGCUAACGUUGUGGAUAUCUGUCCAUGGGAUAUGGAGGACUUACAGCUCAAGGAAACAUCUCCAUCGACUGACAAAACUAACGCUGUGGACAUCUGUCCCUGGGACACAGAAGAUGCUCAGAGUCAUGAGGCCAAAUCAGGGCCCACGGAUAAAUCCAAUCUGUCACAUGUGUGCCCCUGGGAGGGUGAAGCAUUGACAACCGGGGAAGGUCAAACAGGCACAAAGGCCAAAGUUGAUGUUGUCUCACUUUCCCCUGGAAAUGCAGAGGCAGUGACGGCAACUCAAGGCGAAAAUAAAGACGGCGGGAAACCAAUAGAGGGAGAGAGGGUUGGGGCUUCAUCUGAGACAAGCCCAUGA